AUAGCCAUCCUCUUCUCCGUUUCAAAACAAGCCAAAGAAGACCAAACACAGAGACAGCGAUACCCCUUUGAUCAAGUUUCAUCUCUCUUCCAAGCUUUCCAACCACCUCCAUAUUUAUUAACACCACAUUUUCUCACACUUUCUCGGCGAGCUUUCUACUUUCUAGUCGCCUCUUAGCUUUCUGCUUUUCUUUUUUCUCGCAAACCAAACAGAAUAUAAGCUACAGAGAAAAAGAAAAAAAAAAAAGGAGAGAGAGAUUAGAAAUGGCAUGCUUUGUGCCUUUCAACAGUAAAAAUUUAGACAUAAGCAUCUUCGUGUUCAGGCCAACAAUUGUGUUGGUCGAUGACCUUCUUAAUGCUCUCAAGCAAUUCUCUUUGUGCACUGAGUCUCUUGGUUGUGUUCAAAGUUCAAUCUUGCAGAGUAUCCAUGGAAAUAUGUUCAUAUGGUUUGGAGCGUGGCUGAAGAGAACAUGUGAAAACAAAGAUUCAUUGACUGCACGCCUUCUCUCAAUGUUAGCGAAUAUAUCAAACAUGGCUAUCUUAGUCGAUCACUCCUUCUUCGACGCGUAUGCUGGAGAAUCGAGAGACGGUUCUUCUGCAGCGAAAUUUCGCAGAGGUGACACGGUGUCACUGAGCACUGCCCUCAUCUACGGUGGUGACAUAAACAACGUCUCUUACGCAUGCUUAGCGUUGUUCAAGUCCGGUUUUCAAAGGAUGCAAGGCGCGACAGCCGGUGUUUGUUUGAAAUGCCAAACCGGGCAAAGAACUGCUUCUCUCUUCGUGUGGAAGUCUCUGCAAUAUUGCUACUCAUGGAUUCUAAAUUCCGACCAAAGAAAAGCAUUGUCGCCCUAUCUCGAAAGCGUCUCGAUCGAGAUUAAGUACGACAUUUUUCGAGUGGUCUAUGUCAGCGGCGACAGUGAUAUCGACUUGCAGGUCUUAUAUCCUCGUCAUCAGAUGUUAGAACAAGCUGGAGGCGAAAGCAAAGAAGAAGGGCAGCUCAUGCAAAGUACUUCCAUAGUAUAAUUAAAACUGAACUGAAUUAAUAUAUGAUGAGUGUAUUAUAUGGCCAUCGAUCAUAUCCUUUUUUUUUUUUUUUGUAAGCCUACAUAUUUAUAUAUAAAUAAUAUAUAUACACGAUUGUUACGAACCCUUUUCUCUUUAACUUGCAAGGCAAGCAAUACGUAUAUUGAAGAUGGAUACCAUAGCUAAUUUUCACAAGCACGAGCUUAUUAACACAGCUAUGCUUUCUGGAAGAACAAUAUUUGGCUUCUUAAUGCUCUCGCUCUUAGGUUAGCUCAAGUGGUGAGGAAAAGGUGGGGAUAAUGAGUUAGGAUUAUGGUAAGUAUAACGUUUAAUUCAUUCCAAUGUAAUAAAGAAAAAUAUUCAGUUUCUUACAUGUAAUUACAUGUCAUCGAUUAUGCUACAAGCACAAUACAAUUUUCACACAUUUGAAGA